CAAAGCAGGAUAUAUAAAAGCUACCAAAAAGAAGAAUACAUAAAAGCUACCAAAGAGAAAAGAAAAGACCAACCGAACGAGAGAGAGAGACAGACGGUAAAAUGGACGCAACAGCGGCAGUGACAAGUGCAGCUCCGGCAAGUGUGACGGAGGAGCAGCCACCGCACAUGGCAGCAGCGGGGGAGACGAAGAGGAAGAUGAUAAUGGUGGCUAUGGACGAGAGCGAAGAGAGUUUCUAUGCUCUCAAUUGGGCAUUGGAUCACUUGCUCAACAAUUCUGAAGAAGAAACCACUAUUAUCACUUUGAUUAAUGUCCAACCUCCUUUUAGCCCCUUGGUUUAUCCUGCUGGACCAGUUGUUUUUGCAGCACCUACUAUGGUAGAAGCCGUGAAAAAAGCACAACAAGAGAAUGCAACUACAAUACUGUCUCGGGCAUUCCAUAUGUGCACACAAAAGAGGGUGAAGGCGGAGACUCUGAUCCUUGAAGGGGACCCAAAAGAUAAGAUAUGUCAAGCCGCUGAUGAGUUGCACGUUGACCUUCUAGUGAUGGGUAGCAGAGGGCUUGGCAAAAUCAAAAGGGAAGUCAUCCACAAAGGCACCGCAGGAUUCUACUGAGCUUGAUGAGAAGCUGCCCAAGAUUCUAGAAAACCAGAAGUUGAUCAUGGACACUCUGGCACAACAUGGUUUAGUUAUUGAGGACUUGACCAAAGAAGUGAAGAAGAUGAGAAAGUCCCAAGCUAGCAAAAAGUUAGUGGAUAAUCUUAGGAGAGAGGUGACUUGGCUAGCUACAACUGGGGAUUUACCAUUUGAUAUACUGCUUGACCCAGACCAGUACGCCCCAGGUCCAUCUGCACAGGUUGCACCACCUGGCUAGUCUUAUGAGCCAUGCCUUGUUGCCGACACUGCUGGCAGCGAUGUAUGCCACUCCCGCCACUCCCAGAUAUGAUGAUGAUGAUAUACAGUUGGCUGAGCCAACAUGAUUUGAUGUUGCUGGUGACAAUGAGAUGUCCAAGGAUACUUAGGGAGUUCCUUCGCCCUCUCACUUUUCACUCUUGGUUUGUUAAGCAUUAGGGACAAUGCUUACUUUUAUUCCGAGGGGGUGGAGUUUAUUUGAUACAUUUGACACAUUUGGAUACAUUUGAAAUGUAAUAAUUGGAUAAUUUUAUUUCUUUUUA